AGUGCUCAGCACAGCCAGUAUUGAACCGGGGAGAGGAAAACAGUCUCAGAAGAAUGAUGCUGUCUCUGGCGAUCCCCUUGGCAGGCUUCCUGCUCCUGGUCCUCCCCACAGGGGGGCUUUGCUAUGGUUGUGCGGUGACAGAAAAGGAGCGCCCCUGGGUGAACUCGCUACUGAAUAAAAUAAUCUCUUCAGAGGACACCAGAACGGGUCUGAAUCCCAGCAUCCUGAUUGCCCUAAGACUGGCUGGGAGUCACAACCGUAAUGUGGAGGAGAGCCUGCUGCAGAGACUCAGCCAGGACGCAGUGUCCCAUGCCAAGGAGUCCUACAGCUCAGGCAAAGUGGCCCUCAACAUCAUGGCCCAGCUGGCCUCUUGUGUCAAUCCGCGGAACAUCUCCAGCUCCAGUUCUACCAUCAACCUGGUUCGGCUCCUGGAGCAGAAGUAUCAGGAUGAGCUGCAGAACCUCAAGAAAUACCAAGCCCCCCUCACCAGCUUCUACCAACUCAGCUUGGAUGUGCUGGCUCUGUGCUUGGCUGAAGGCAAGUUCUCGACUGCUGACGCUGCCAACCUCCUUCAGCCGGACAAGGACAUGAAGAAGUAUUACCUUGGCCAGUUCUCUGUGGACACUGCCGCAGUCUCCAUCCUUGCUCAGGUCUGCCUGAAGAAAAUGACCCUGACCCCAAAGGUCAAAAAGGAGAUCAGAGAGAGUGUGGAGCAGUUGGUGCAGAAAAUCAUGACUCAUUCCCACAAUGGUGUGCUUGGGAAUAUGUACAGCACGGGGCUGGCCAUGCAGGCCUUAACUGUGUCUGGCAUCCAGUGGAACUGCAGAGAGUCUCUGAAAAUGAUCCUGGAUCAGAUUCCUAAGGGAACAUUCGAUUUACCCAUGACUGCAUCCCAGAUCAUCCCAUCCCUGGAAGGCCAGACCUACCUAAAUGUAAUUGGGCUCAACUGCUCUGCAGAUAAAGAUGACAUCAUACCUACACCCAGCCCACCCACCAGACCGCGCCUUAUUCAUGUCAGAUAUACCAUCUCUGCCAAGGUCAAAAUCUUUAUCAAGGGCACCAUCACUGUCCAUGUGCCAUGGGGCUCUACCUUCUUUGAUGUGAUGAAGGUUGCCAUGGAAAAAAAAUGCAAAAUAUUCAGGUUCACAUAUGAAAAUUCAAGCUGGGGCCCAUACAUCACGUCUGUGCAGGGGCUGAUGGCUGAUGAUAACCAACGAACUUACUGGCAGCUCCUGAGUGGGAAUAUUCCACUGGACAGAGAUGCUGGGAACUAUAUUGUCUCUGACAAGGAGAGGCUGGAGGUCAGAUAUAGCAAGUACUGAGCUCCAAGGCUCUGAGGACAUUGUGGCAGGGAUACAGCUUCCAGCUCCAGUUCUUUGCUGUACAGGGGCUCUGGGGUGCCUGCCUUCUCCUUAGUGCAGGCCCAUCCCCUCUCAGAGCACGAGACUCCCCCUCAAUAAGAUGGCCUUUAGGAAUGGCCUUGCCUUGUAUUCACAGUCCUGUGAUCCUUCCCAGGCCCUCUGUCUUUCUCUCUCUCCUCCCUGAAAUAAACACCUUGCAA